UCUCUUGCUUAUUAAAGAGGAAGACCUCUAUGGUGUGGUGUCUGUCAUAUUGGCCCGGAAAAUUGUUGCAUACUGGAAAGAUAGUCUAUGUCUGGAUAUUUCAUCCGAUGCAACUGAACUAUUCAGCGAUUCCUCUUCAUCUUGCAAUGCAGAAAACUUUGUGAUAUCUUGGAAAGACUUUCCCACUGACAUAAUUGAAAUGUGCAAAAAUGGCACAGUUGUUCCAUCAGCCAGAAGAAGUGAGUUUGUUCGCAUUCUUGUGGACUCUGUCCUGAAGUGGUCGGGCAGUUCCAAGCCGUCAAGGGCAGAAUUGUCGACUAUUGCUAAAAGGGUCAUACGUAGAUAUCCAAAGUCUUUCCAAGAUACAAGUGGACCUGAAGGUGAAGUCAUUGGGUCUGGCUAUUCCUACCUGACCCAACAAAUGGUUUGGCGUAUUGACAACUUGCGGAAGUCCACAUCAAAGAAGAGAAGCCAACAGCCUAAGGUGGAAGAACAAGUAGAUGUUGACAGAUAUGGCUGUGUGCUUUGGGGUCCUGAAACAGAUAAUGAAGGGGAACUUGAACAACUUAGAAUGUGGCUCAAGCAUGAGUACACAUUAUCAAAGUCUGAUCAGGAUUUGGGAAAAGUGGAAGAAUAUAUGAAACAGACCUUCCCUCUUCAACGAAAGCAUAUAAAUCAAAAUCAAAGCAUCAGUGGGAUCAAGGAGUUAUGGCCACACUUGUUCGAUGGAAUCUGUUUAAUGCGCCAUUAUGAAACAUUGGUUGGUAAAACAGAAGCUAAAAAGAAUAUUUUAAAAAAACUUGAAGACAAUUCCAUAUGCAUUCACAAGACAUUGAAAUGUUCAACCAAUAAGAAAAUUUCCGAAUUUAUAAGUUCUUCAAAAUCGGAAUCAAAGAAUCUGAAAACUGAAUUACCAAAAUCGACUGGGGUGGUCACGUUGAUCGCCUAUUAUUUCGGAGAGGACCUAAACCAAAUAUUUAAGUGUUUCCAGAAAGAAACCACUUUUCCCCAGAUAUUAGAAGAUAUUCCAAAAUCUCCAUUCAUUGCUUGCAUAGGUAACACGGUAGCGACUGCUGAGACUUUUUACGUCAUCGCUGAACGAGAAGUGGUGUGUUCCUGUAGAUCGUUUUUGAAGCGGUGGCUUUUCAGUUUGCUUCGUUCUAUGUUUUCAACAUAGAAUAUCCAAAUAAGGCCUUGCUGACGUUUGAUUUUAUUCAGAGGUUCUUCGGUGACAUAAACCCCAGCGGCACUAAGUCGAAAAAAAGUAAAGGCAAAGACGUUAAUGCAAAAGUAAUCGGCCUUGCAAGAAGAGUGAAUCUAUCACAGGCGUUAUAUGUGCCGGUGUUAGAAAUUGAUGUGGUGGUGUUACUGCUAGGGUUGCCACUUCCGGAUACAUUUUUUUUCGAAUCGAAUUUUUCCGAAUCUGAUUCCAUUAAGCUUUUUUUUAUUUUUUUUCAUUGCAUGCCUAUUUUUGCUCAAAGUCACAAAAAAGCUCAAAUCUAGAAGAGAAAACUUGAAAAUGGAAUAUGCUAGAUAGCAGGGAUGACAAAGUUUUUUCAGUGAAUAAGCCACACUUAUUUCCACCAGGUUAAAAAAGAUGUGAGUUAUCUGUGAGUCUUACAAUACUGGGUUAUUAUUGUGUGUAGCUUUACACAUACAAUGUACUUGUAUCAGUACUGAGGCAAUUUGAUGAAAUUUCUUUCGAAACUGUUUUUUACAAGCCUUAAAGGCAUUCAGUGUGUAUUUAUGCUAAAAAUAUUAAUUGUAAUAAAAUGAUUUUCGUUUCCAGAAUCUCGUUUUUUUUAUUUUAACUGUAAUAUUCUGUGUGUUUACUGUUGUGUCGUGCCAGUAGAUCUUUGCUACUCUCGUAGUGGUUCGGUCAUCGCGAGUGAGAAAUUACCAUCAUGCUAGUAUUGUAUGGUACUACUGUCGGGUAAGGUAGCUGCCAUCGAGAUAGUAAUUUUAUUUACUAUUUUAAGGUAAAAAAUAUUACUACUGGUGGGUAGGUUUACUGCCGUCAAAAAAGUAGUAUUUUUUACAGUUUUAUAGUAAUUUUUGCUACCAUCAAUCUCUGUAAA